ACGUGCGCGAAUUGAACGACGCGCGGCUACCGGUAAAUAUCUUAGAGCUCGGCGAUUCCAAGUCGUGACCAGUGUGGCGAACUGAGAGCCUCACCAGAGGCUCCCGCUCUUGAACAAUGAGACCCCUAUCGGAAAACGCCUACGGAGGCAUCCAACUAGAGCCCUGUCAGGUUUGCAAUCAAGCGAAGGAGAGGUUCUAUUUGUGCAACCAGAGCCACAGCACAUGCAUCGACUGUGGAGCAGCCAGGAAGGAAGCCAGUGUUUCCCAGGGAGCGGUUUUGCGGCCGUCUCCCGCCAAGAAACAAGUAUCCUUCUCGCUCCCGCUGAGUCCAGAUUCGCCUUCUACGACUCCACCGCGCUCUGGCCAGAAAAGCUUGUCUCCGUCAUCGGCUUCGUCCGCUCCUAGCUUAAGUCCAAGUACCGAUUGUGACUCCCCGCAUCCUUCUCCGCGUCGAGCGCGGCCUCCAUCCAAUGAUCCGCCAUCGAUUUUCUCCUUUAGAUCCCCAAUCAAAUCUCUAGUCACAGUUCCGAGAGCCGAAAAACCACAGCCGAAAGCUUUCCAACCCGAGCCCCCGGAGCAUGCCGUUGAUGAGACGUACUUUUCCAUGAGCGCCCGGAAAUCGCUGAAUCCACCCAAAAUUGUUGAAGAGCUUGUAAAGGAUGACCUCAAAAUAUUCUGCCAGGCCUGCGACGCUGUCGUGGAGGUAACUCUCGUUGCCUUGCCAUUGAACUUCGUGAAGUCUAUACUCUCGCAAAAGACGGACUCGUCGAAACAACAUCAAGCUAACGUUGGAGCUGAAGUUGAGGCCGAGGACGAAUCUGAGGAUGAGGGCGACGCAUGUUACGAAGGUGAAGUCGAAGUCCUCAUCAAAGACAAAGUCGGAGAAGAAAAUGAGGGUGAAUCUGGGGCCGAGGUCGUCGUUGGGGACGAGGCCGGCUCCGAUGACGCAUGUGAGGCUGGGACUGAAGAGUCGGGGCAUGUAGGAGAAGAUUACGAUGACGCGUCUUCCAUCGUGCCCAUGACGAGCGUCGAGGUGUUCGACCACGGAACUCUGAGGAAAGAUGUGGAUUGGCUACGACACGGACUCGCAACCGCCUGCUCUGAGCUCAUGACCACCAGGGAGACACUCGAGGACGUUAUCAGCACAACCGAGAAGCUCGAGAUGGAUGUCGACAUGUUGAGAGGCGGUGUCAACUACGUUUAUUUCAAUUUCGAUAAUGUUCUACGGCAGAAAGAAGUUCGCAUAGAGGAGAGAAUUUGCGGGAUUCCAUUCGUCCUGAUGGUGCGUAUGCGCCAGGUCGGCAGAGUUCCUCAUCUGGGCUUCUUCAUCGGACUCGAAAAGUACGAAGGUCGUGCUCACAGUCCUCUGAAAAAAAUCAUCGUCUUCCGCGCCCACAAUGCCUACGGGAAAGUCAUCGAGAAACACUCUUUCGAAACAUUCGAGAAGGGUCAGCCCGUUCACCCUUGUUUUGAUUUGUCGAGGAAGUCUCCUGAUAGUAGCCUGUGGGGCUACGCGAAUUUCCUCAAGAGAGAUCGCAUAGUGAAGCCCGAUAUGCUCAAAGAAGGACGUUUGUGUCUCUCGCUCCAAAUCAAACCCUUGCCUUGAACCAACAUGAAGUUCUUCGAUAGCAUUCUUGUCUGUUGCGAGCUAGGGGAAUGUUUUUGGAUUCCGCUCCGCUCAUUCUUAUCCCUUUUACUGUUUUGGACACGAACACUAUUCAUUUCCCCGUGGCUCCCUGAACACCAUCUAAUCAAGUUGUUCGAGAGCCGACAUUGACUAAUUUGUUUACUCGGAGACUUCCCCAAUCACAAUAAACAUGUUUACUUUAAGAACA